GCGACGGGUUGUGCUGUCGGCCGCUUCCUUUCCUCUGCUCCUCUUCCCUCAAACCGCGUCGGGCACAGCAUGUCCAUCGAUACUUUCGACUUCACAGUAUACGAACGCUUGGACACCGUCGAGAAGUACUGGGCAAGCAAAGCACUCCUCUUCGAGGCCCAUGGCUAUGUGCUGCGCCCGCGAUACCGGCCUGGCUGGACGCCGUCAUGGAGGGGCAAGCCAAUUUCGGCCAUUCUGCUUGCAGAAGACGCGCUUUCAUUGCAUGCUAGGACGAAUGUCAUAGACGCGACGCGAGUUUCUGACGGUAAACUUGUGUACCUCAAGAAGAUCAAGCCCGACUCCGAGGAAUUGCAGUUACUGCAGUACCUUUCGUCACCGGAAAUGCUACAAGAUCCGCAUAACCACUGCGUACCGCUGCUGGACGUCAUUUACGACCCGUCUGACCCUCAGAUGUGUUUUGUUGCGAUGCCUUAUCUGCGGUACAUCGACCAUCCUCCGUUCGAAUUCGUCGAAGACAUGCUGGAAUUCGGUGAGCAUAUUCUUGAGGGGCUGGUCUUCUUGCACGAUCACGGUGUGGCCCAUCGUGAUUGCGCCUACAAGAACAUCAUGAUGGACGCCGCGGCGAUGUUCCCCAAAGGCUUCCACCCCAUGAACGAAUUUAGCCUGCCUGAUAACUCUGAUAUGGCCCCCAUUCUGCAUCGCAUAGACGUGCCCGUCAAGUACUACUUCAUCGACUUCGGGAUAUCUACGCGGUUCGCGUCGGACCAGCGGCCGCGGCUUGUCCUCGGUACCUUGGGCCUGGACGACGAGGUCCCCGAGUUGUCUGAUUCCGUCCCGUACGACCCGUUCAAGACCGACGUCUUCAUCAUCGGAAACCUGCUACGGCAACAAUUCCUUCAGAUAUACUCGAACACUGAUAUGUUCAACCCGCUGGUCGAGCGAAUGGUCAACAAAGAUCCCAGCGAGCGUCCAAGCUCAUCGGAAGCGCUGAGAGAAUGGAAAGCUACGCGUCGUCCAAUGAACCGUUUCCAGCGAUACUGGCGGCUGCGCCCUCGCGAGGAAAUGUGGAUCGCAACUUUCUGGUAUGAGUGUAAGGCCGGUAUUCUCGCGGCCAUCAGAUCCUGGCAAUCUUGAUGGGCCUGAAUGCUACCGAUCGGCUGGCUUAUACUACCCCCUUCCUGGAUUGCUCCUACUUGCUGUCUGUUCAAUGCUGUUUGCUUGGUUUGUACAGUGCUCUCGCUCGCUAUCAUUGUUGUUUCUGCCCGUAUCUCAUGAUGUAAC